UUCUUCUUUCUUUCAUUAUCAUCUUCAUCAUCAUCAUCGGUUUUUUUAUCUCUCCGAUAUCUCAGUCUACUACCAAAAUCACCUAUCCAACACACAAACUUCUCACAUCAUCAACACCAACAAACAAACAACCAACCAUGGCCUACCCAAACAACCCCCUCUUCGAGCUCCUCCGCGCCCUCGACCCUCAACAAGCCAACCAACAAACCGCCGCUGAGCAACCUUCCGCCGCCCAGCCACAAGCACAAGGCGCUGAAGCCACCGGAGCCGCCCCAGAGCAACCACAACACCCCUUCGCAGCAUUCGCCCCCUUCUUCCCCUUCCCCCAACAAGCACACCCGCACCCCCACCACGGCGGCGGCGGCAGACGAGGCGGUCCAGGCCGCCGCUGCGGUCCCCGCGGCGAGUGUCCCGCCAUGAACCCCGAGGCGCGCGGCCCGCUCGACGCAGAAGCCGAGGGCCACGGUCCGCAUCACGGACGCCACGGACACGGCGGCGGUCGUCAUGGACGCGGAGGCUGGGGUCGUGAGCCGCCUGCUUAUGCUGCCUUUGGCGGACAGGGAAUGCCGUUUGAUAUCUCCGCUUUCGUGAAUAGUCUUGCUUCGCACCCGAUUGCGGAGGCGUUGAGGACUUGUGUUGAUGAGGCUGCGCGCGCUGGUGGUGCGGCGGCGGAUCCGAAUACUGCGCCUGCGGAGGGGGAGGCGAGGGGUGCUGCUGAUGAGAGUGAUGCGUUUGCGCCGGCUGUUGAUACCUUUUCCACUCCUACCGAGUAUGUUCUCCACGUUGCGCUGCCGGGUGCUCGCAAGGAGGAUGUUGGUGUGAACUGGGAUGCUGAGAAGGGGGAGUUGAACAUCGCUGGUGUUGUUUACCGCGCGGGCGAUGAGGAGUUCAUCGCUAGUUUGAAGACUGGGGAGAGGAGAGUUGGUGUUUUUGAGAGGAGUGUCAAGUUGCCGCUUGAGGGGGAUGAGAAGGUGGAGGUUGAUGGGGAGGAGAUCAGUGCGAAGUUGGAGGAUGGAGUUUUGGUUGUGAGAGUGGGCAAGGUGGUUAGGGAGGAGGCUUGGACGGAUUUGAAGAGGGUUGAGGUGUUGUAGAUGCUACAGCCUCUGGGAGUCUCUUAUUGUUUUUCUUAUAAUAGGUUGUUGGAGUUGGAUUUCUUUGGAUAGGGUAUAUUGAUAAUAGAG